AAACAACUAUGAAAAUAACGCUAACAUGUACCCUCAUUUUAGUGAGUAUUUGCGUCCCAACAAACUCUUUACUGCGGAAAACUUUACCUGAAGAUGCAAGACUGAAUUUCACGGGACUUGGUUUAAAAUAUGGACAUGCAGUUGAAGAGCAUGAAGUUACCACUGAAGACGGUUACAUAUUGACUUUCUUCCACAUCAAGGGGAAGAGAAAACCGCCUGUUUUUAUUAUCCAUGGAAUCGCUGAUACGGCAGAUAUUUUUAUUAUCAGAGGAAAGACAUCAUUAGUUAUAGCUCUAGCUGACGCAGGGCAUGACGUCUGGGUAGCAAAUUACAGAGGAAAUAAAUAUGGUCGACGACAUCUUAAGCUAAAUCCGGACAAAGAUCUCAAGUUCUGGGAUUUUAGCCUUCACGAAGUUGGUUAUUACGAUCUCCCCGCUAUGAUUGAUUACAUUCUGCAACAUACUGGAGAAAAAAAGAUUCAAACAAUUGGGCAUUCGCAAGGAGCAACCACGCAAUUCGUGCUUUUGUCUAAAAGACCAGAAUAUAAUGAAAAAAUUGAAAUAAUGGUUGGAUUAGCACCAGUGGCCUUUUUGACUGAUGUAAGAUUUCCAGUGUCUCUCAUUGCGAAUUUCGGACCUCUGCUUGGAGAAGUUAUUAAAUCUAUAGGCGUAGAAGAAACUUUUCCGGAAAAUUCGUCAAUGACCGCGUUAGUAAGAUUUAUUUGUAGUCAAGAUGUCUUUAGCUACGAAAUGUGUUUUCUGUUAUUUGGCUUUCAUUUCGUUGGUUUUGAUACAAAGCGAUUUGAACCGAGCUUUUUAAAGGUUUUUAUGGGACACUAUCCAGGAGGAACUUCUCGAAAAAAUUUAAUGCACGUCAAUCAGUUGGUGUUAAGUAAAAGAUUUUGUGAAUUUGACUACGGCCCUGAAGGCAACUUAGAUCACUAUGGUUACGUAGUGCCUCCGGAUUAUAAUUUACAUCGAGUGACUACAAAAGUUGCGUUGUUCGUUGGUGAAAAUGACGUGUUAUGUACAGUAAAAGAUGUAGAUAUACUACGCUCAACUUUAUCUAACGUUGUAUAUUACCAUAUUAUGGAAGAUAAAGUUUGGAAUCAUAUAGAUUUUACAUUAGGUUAA